GUUCAUUCAAUGUAUCUUUAAUCAUCAAACAACAUCACAAUUUUGCUUCAACAUCACCAAAAGUCAUGUGCUUUAAUACCCUUGCUUAAUAAGCCUUGGGACAACUGGCAUAUAAAAGUACACUUAUGUCCAGAGUUAAAGUUGCUUUCCGAACUGAACAAGCACUUGAGUACAUCUUAAUUGACAGUGAUCAAAAUGGUUUUGAAAGUUGCAAUCUUUGGUGCUAAUGGUAAAGUUGCCACUCAACUAUUGAAGAAAUUCUCACAAUUGAAAACAGAAUUUGAACCAACUGCAUUCAUUAGAAAUGCUUCUCAAGGUGCUAAAUUCAAAGAAUUAGGUGUGAAUUAUUCAACUGAUAUAGAUAUUACAAAUUCCAAUUUGAACACAAUUACAGAGGCUUUGAAAGGUUACGAUGCUGUGGUUUUCAGUGCAGGUGCUGGUGGUAAAGGACUUGAUUUAACUUUUAGUGUUGAUUUAGACGGUGCUGUUAAGGUUAGUGAAGCUGUUAAAGCUGCGAAUGUGAAAAGAUUCAUCCUUGUGAGUGCAAUCAAAUCACUGGAUCGUGAAUUUUGGUGGGAUGGUCCCUUAAGAUCUUAUUAUAUUGCGAAGAAAUAUGCAGAUGAGAUUAUUUCCAAAGAUGAUGAUUUAAAUUGGACCAUUUUACAACCAGGAUAUUUGAAAGAUGAACCAGGUAAUGGUAAAGUGGAAGAUCCAAAAAAGGUUGAAGAUAUCGCUGAUGGCAUUCCAAAAGGUGAUAGCACAAAGAUUUCCAUCCCAAGAGAAGAUGUUGCACAAGCGAUUGUGGAGAUUUUAAGAGACGGAUCCUCAAACAAAAAAUUCAUCCCAUUGAUCAGUGGUUCUUUGGAGAUUAAAGAAGCCAUUAAAAAGGCUUAAAUACGACAAGUUGAUGAUUUCAUGUACACAGCAAAAACUCCUUGUAGGAUUUGAGUAAGAUCGAGAUGACAGACUUUGUGACAGUAUACAGC